CAAGGCAGCAAAGGUAAGCCCGUCUCCAUCAAAAGUGACGUUUCACUUGUCGACGCCGGCGUGCGGUAGGAGAUCUCUGGCCAUGAUAGCGCUCUGUAAUCACCGGGACUGCCCCUCUGCCCGAGGCCAGCCACGUCUGUUGUCAGCACCUCCCUGGGCGGUUCGGUAGAGGGUGCGCGAACUGCGUGAUGUACAUGCAACAGCAAAACCCCGGCGUAGCUGUGUGGCAUAAAUGCAAGCUGGCGCCUCGCUCUCUAUUUCUCUCUUUCUUCUUCUUUCCCUCUUCCUCCCAUUUCAUUCAUCUGCACUUGGACCACAGAGUUUUUAUACCUUUGGUCUCCCAUUCGUGGUUCUCUUCAAGACAGAAGAAUACCACGUACAAGACAUCACUUAGUUCGAGCCUUGCGCCGAACACUUUAUCCACUUCCGCCUUAUACCUUUUACACCGGCGAAUGCGCGAUAGCUCAAACCAACAUCUCUUUGUUGGUUUCACCCCACGGCAAUUCUAUCAAGCUUCGUCAAAUCAACAGAAACAACGCGCAUCAGGACUCUGAUUCCUUUUUUCGUGUGAACAAACCGCACUGCCACUUUCCUCCUCUGCUUUGACUCAAGUCACUUCUAUUUGGUUGGUGACUAUGACCCAUUUGGAGCCCAAGGUUAUUGAAAGAAUUCAAUCGCUUAUCAACGAUUUGAAGUCUCCUGGCUCUGGUGCUCUCGCCCAAGCUCACCUUGCAGAAAUCGAGAAGCUUGUGCAGCCCAUCCCCAUCCACCGACGACAGCCCGCCGAGUUUCAGUCGGUUGACGCUUUGCUGGGUUCCAGUGAUGACACAAACUCCAUGCCUGGCGCAAACCCAACUCAGCAGUGGUUGCUGCAAAACCAACGAGUCAACAUUUCGCUCAACAUGACCCAGCAAUACAUCAACGACCUAGACAACAGUCUAGACAACGGUGCAGAAUACUUGCACCCUCUCGAAGCAAACAUGCACCAUGAUGAUGAUGCUUCGCUCCAUAGCGUUUACGCUAUGCUAUAUAACCGUCCUGCGUCUUACGCUGGAGGCGACUUUAGCGCAGCUGAGUUUGCCAGCUACGACCAGGGCCCUCCGUCUCUGCCACCAGACUGGCACGAGCAUGCCUCACCUUCCAACGGCAUCUUCCUCUCACCUGGACCAUCCCCUAACCUAGCUCCAGUCCGAGUUGCGCCGUCGUCCUGCCCUUCUAUGGAGUCGGGCACCUCCGCACUCGACAUAGUCCCCUUGACGCGACAGAACAGCCGAGGUGGAGGUAUGGCUGCACUGGCUCAGGCCGCUCCUAUGGCAGAUACAAGCUAUGCAUCUGGCGCCUUUGAAGACUAUGACAUCCCUCACGACCUUCUUGGCAUCAGCUUUAGCGUUAACGACGGAGAAGCAUCUACCAGAGCUUGUUCCACAGUCUCCCUUUCCCCUUGCAUUAACCCUACGAUCCCUAAAGCGGGUUUGUCCGAUUCUAUCGACGAUGUACCACUGCUUCGGGCCCAGUCGGCUCCUGAUAGCUCAACCUUGGAGCGAGCCGGUGGCACACAGGCGGCGCGUAGACGCCCCAAGCCGGUAAAGAAGACUUGCGGAAGAUGCUCAAAGCAGUUCCGCGGCGUCCACGAGCUGAGACGCCAUAUCAAUACCACACACGAGGGCAGGGUAACGCAGUACAUUUGCCAGGAUCCUGCCCAGGCGGGAAUCCUGAGCCCCUACCAACCACUGGUGCCUUUCUCCAAGUGCGCCUACUGCAUGGCUGGAAAGACAUACAGGGCCAACUAUAACGCGGCUGCACAUUUGCGGCGCAUUCACUUCAAGCCCCGCCAGCCUCGCAACCGCAACAACGACUCUUCGGAGCCAAAGAGAGGCGGCCAUGGCGGCGGUGACUGGCCACCCAUGGCUGAUCUUGCCAAUGUCUGGUUCCGAGAGGUUUCGGUACCUCUGAGAGACACCAUUAAGACUAUUGAGACCCCCAUUCUUGAAGAAGGCGAAGAGGAUGCCGAGGGGGACAUGAUGCCCGACCUCGACACAGUGCCCUUCUUCCCUACCGACGAAGAGCUCGAUCUGCGCAACGAGGGCCUCACUGAGAUGGACCUUGCAGACUUUGAAUUUUCCGAGCAGCAGCAGCAGCUCGAUACCACUGGCUUUGUCAGCCCACAAGACUACCUGUAUCCUAACAAUGGAUAAUGACGAGCCUGUCUGCAAGCUGUGAUACCGCCUGCGACGGCAACAUGCGAUGAUGUUUAUGAUCCUUACACUUUUAUCUUUUACACUUUUGGCGCUUCAUUUACAUAUUUCUUUUUCUUUUAUCAGGCCUCAUUUAUGGGCCUUUUUCACAUUAUCCAUUUUAUCUCUUUUUUUGUUUAUCUAUUUGUUUAACAGAGACCGACUGCGAUGUGGAUAUGCCCCCAUGUUUCAUGAAGCGACGACGCACGAACAUGUACCAUUUUUGCUCUGUUUUUCUUUGCUUUGAGCGAGAUACCGCCUGCAUUUACUGUUUUCCAUUCUUGCUUUUCACUGCGCACGCGACUUGUUUCCUUGUUCUGCAAUGGACAACUAUAGACUGAUACCACCACGACUGCCAUCAUUUUUGUUGUUGUAUCUACUGCAUGAGAGACUCCUCGGUUUUUCGAGGGUCUGCUGGCUUUUCAUUACUAUUACUUAUUAUACUGGACGGGUUGGAUUGGCGCACAUUCGCAGGCCGGUGCAUUUCUCAAUACUGACCCAGACAGUAUUCUCCGUGUUAUAAUAGGCUAGGCUAGCAACACUUUUGAUAUUUUCCAUUUGAUAGUCCUUUUGCAUCACUCGUAUCCAGUGCCAGGCUAAAAGAAAAAGUACCAAACAGCAACCAAAGUACCGGCUUCAGAGCCUCGUGUUAAUAGUAGAUGCCCUAUAAUACCAAGCCGCUAACCUCGUCUCGUUACGGGCUGAAUGCUGGCUGGACCGGAAGAUGGUUUGGAGGCUGUGCAAGCCACCAUUUCUCAGCGAUCAGUGCAGCUAGCUGUCCCCCAGAGCAAUGCCACACAUACCAGCGUUGCAUCGUGGAUGCAUCAUCAGCCCCGGGUACAUUACCAGAGAAACCAAAGGUACCUUGUUGUCCAUCAUCAGCCCGACUAGCCUCUUUUACACCGUAAAAAGGCCCAUGGAAUGGGCAUUUUGCCAAGCAGCGUUCGGAAAUAUCUACCUCGGCAGUACUUAUUUCCCCA